AGGUUGGGGGCUGUGCUUAUCUUCACCACCCGUUUAUUUAUUUUUCUUUCUUCUUUUUGUUGCUCCGUCUGUUUGGAUGAUUGUUCCGAUUUUUCUUGUAGAGGGGGAAGAACUUUUUUUGCUUUUUGUUCACCUCGGCUGGGUGCGGACAGAGCAGGCUGUCAUGCUAGCAGCACACUUUAGCAAUGCCCCUUUUAUGGCUGUAUCUCACUGCAUCAACUACAGGAAGCUCUUUCCCUGGUUGCCAGGACAACAGCAGAGGAUGGCCCUCAGCAAGGCCCUGCAAAGAGUGUUGUUGUGCAGUUCUGACCAGCUGCUGGGUGGGAGUGGGAGGAGCCAAUCCUGCAGAGGAGCUCCCCCGAGCUCAGGAUGGGUCCUGCCGCCGCACUCCCCCAGUCCGAGUCACAGCUGUAGGGUUUCUUGCGGUGCUUGUCUCUCCCUCUGCUGGCCGCUGCACAGCUCCAGCACACUUUGGUCCAGGGCUAACAGGCGUACUCAUGUUAAGAUGUCAUCUUCAUCUUCAUCUUCAUCUUCCUCUGCUGGUGAUGGUCAAGGAAAACCUAAACCUGCAUCACCGCUCAACAAGAGAGCAAGCCUGCAGAGCACCACCAGCCCCGACCUCCGUGGCGUUUCUGGGCCGAAGCCCCUCAAGCCUCAGCGAUCCCUCCCAGGAACCCCCGUUUCCCUCUCUCACUCUCCCAUCGACCUGCGCACAUCAAUGGAGGACAAAUACAAAGAGAUCGCAGAGGAGCUCUUCACGCGCACCAUGGCGGAGAGCGAUAUGCGAAGUGCACCGUACGAGUUUCCAGAGGACAGCCCCAUCGAACAGCUGGAGGAGCGGCGGCACCGCCUGGAGAGGCAGAUCAGUCAGGAUAUUAGGCUUGAGCCAGAGAUCUUGCUCCGUGCCAAACAGGACUUCAUGAAAAUCGACAGUGCUGCAGACCUAGAACUGAAGGACAAGAGUGUGGACACUGAAUAUAUGGGCUUUCGGGAGAGACAGAUGCCACUGGAAAGGGAGUACCUGCGAGUCUCGAUAUCUGGAGACGAAAAGUGCGGGGUGCCCUUCACUGACCUUGUAGAUGCUGCGAAAUGUGUGGUGAAGGCGUUAUUCAUCAGGGAGAAGUACAUAAACCGUUCCUUACAGAACUUCUGUAAGACCACAGCUCACGCGCUGCACGACCUCGGGACCAAGACUCUGGAUAUGGGAUUCUAUGAUGACGUUUCAGAGACUCCUGUGGAUGCUGACGCUCCUGUCCAUCCUCCUGUUUCAGAGACGCACCCUUACGACAACAUGGACUCCAUGAUUCUGCCGCCGGACGCUGGUUAUGGAUGCAAGAUGGUCGAUGGUGUGGUCCAUGUUUUCACCAAGAGCUACAACAUGGACAAGAGCACAGAACUUGAGCUGCUGUAUCCAGAUUUAAAAGAGUACAUCGCAGACAUGAACGUCAUGAUGUCCCUCAUUAUCAACGGGCCAGUGAAGUCUUUCUGCUAUCGCCGCCUGCAGUACCUGAGCUCCAAAUUUCAAAUGCACAUCCUCCUGAAUGAGAUGAAAGAGCUUGCUGCUCAGAAGAGGGUUCCUCACCGCGACUUCUACAACAUAAGAAAGGUGGACACACACAUUCACGCGUCAUCCUGCAUGAACCAGAAGCAUCUGCUGCGCUUCAUCAAGAGGGCCAUGAAGAAAUACCAAGGAGAGAUCGUUCAUGUGGAGUGCGGCCGUGAGCAGACCCUCAAGGAUGUUUUUGAGAGCAUGAACCUGACGGCCUACGACCUGAGCGUGGACACACUCGACAUGCAUGCGGACCGAAACACAUUUCAUCGAUUUGAUAAGUUCAAUUCCAAGUACAACCCUAUCGGAGAAUCCAUCCUCAGAGAGAUCUUCAUUAAGACGGACAACUACAUUGAAGGAAAAUACUUUGCACACAUAGUAAAGGAGGUCAUGUCUGACCUGGAGGAGAGCAAAUACCAAAACUCUGAGCUGCGUCUGUCCAUCUACGGCCGCUCCCGUGACGAGUGGGACCGGCUGGCUCAGUGGGCGGUCACUCACAGGGUGUACUCUGAUAAUGUGCGCUGGCUCAUCCAGGUGCCUCGUCUCUUUGAUGUGUAUCAGACAAAGAAGCAGCUGGCUAAUUUCCAGGAGAUGCUGGAGAACAUUUUCAUGCCUCUCUUUGAAGCCACCAUCAAUCCCUGCAGUCAUCCUGAGCUGCACCUCUUCCUGGAACACGUGGUGGGCUUCGACAGCGUCGACGAUGAGUCCAAACCCGAGCAUCACAUUUUCAACCUCGACAGUCCCUUGCCUGCUGACUGGACUACAGAGGACAAUCCGCCGUACUCCUACUACCUGUACUACACCUACGCCAACAUGACUGUUCUGAACCAGCUCAGAAGGCAGCGAGGCCUCCACACGUUUGUGCUGCGACCUCACUGUGGAGAAGCGGGCCCCAUCCACCACCUGGUGUCAGGUUUCAUGUUAUCGGAGAACAUCUCCCACGGACUGCUGCUCCGAAAGGCUCCGGUACUCCAGUAUCUGUACUACUUGGCCCAGGUUGGCAUCGCCAUGUCGCCGCUGAGCAACAACAGUCUGUUCCUCAGCUACCACCGCAACCCACUGCCAGAGUAUCUGUCCAGGGGCCUCAUGAUCUCCCUGUCCACCGACGACCCUCUCCAGUUCCACUUCACCAAAGAACCUCUGAUGGAAGAAUACAGCAUCGCAGCUCAAGUGUGGAAACUGAGUUCAUGUGAUAUGUGUGAGCUGGCAAGAAACAGCGUCCUCAUGAGUGGAUUCUCACACAGGGCUAAGAGCUACUGGCUCGGCCCAAACUACUACAAGGAAGGUCCGUUGAGCAACGACAUCCGCCGCACCAACGUUCCUGACAUCCGCGUGGCGUAUCGCAGCGAGACGCUGACGGAGGAGCUGCAUCUCAUCACUCAGGCCGUGCGCACAGAGCUGGACUCCAACGAUGAGGACGACUCCUUGACCAUGGGUCCCGUCUCCGGCCGGCGCUGACGCCCCAUCACCCCACCAUGAGGCCGAAAACAGCUUCCUGCUUGAGAAAGCCAAGGUUACGCUGCUGCCUCGUACUGAGGGGCGGCGUUCUUCAGAAUUGUCAAAAAGACAUCUUUUUUUUUUUUCUUCACCUUUUGAUCUAACAUGGUCUUAAGUUCCCUGUAUGACAUGUGGAAUGAGAAUCAUCUAAAUGAAUUCCCUUUUCCUUUGAUUUGAUGUUUUCCUGCCGUCUCUGUGGGGCGCCAGGAGAGCCACUUAGAUGUGGCCCCCUGUGAAAAUGACUGAUGAAGGUUUGCUGGGAUCAACUUAAUGUGGGGGUCAUCAGGACGGACAUUGCAUGCGUUGGUCUGCUCCUGGAUGAUCCCCGUCGUGUUUGCUGUGACGCACGGAUGCACCGGCAUGCCUGACAUCGUACCAGUUAGAGCUGAACUUCCACCGUGCGGUCGCAUAUAUAUUCACGCUUGCUGCAUUUGCACAACAUAUAGCCGACUGCCUUGGACACACAGAAACUGCAACAGCACGCUGGGGGUGGCGGCCGGACCUCGGCCGCACUCGCACAACAAUCACGCCACUCGUGGGUUUGACCCGUCCGAAUGCUGCAGCGCUAAAUCGUAGCCCGACACAGAGCCUGAGUGUUCGCUCUCUUUCACGCGCCGAGCCGCACACCUUUAUGAUUCUACUUUAAGCCUUCUAAAGACCGUAGAUCAUCAAGUAGCAUGAGGAACCCAACGGCCUUGAAGAAAGGAGGAAAUGUCAAGUGUCUGCCUGCAAUCAUUCCUUCUGCGCACAGAACGUAUCCAGAAACUCAUGCAGAUGUGGUGAUAUGUUGUAGUGGCUAUGUGUGUGUGUGUGUGUGUGUGUGUGUGUGUGUGUGUAUUUAGAGCACAAAUGAGUGUUGGUGGAGCUGGCGGCGAAGCACCUUCUGAUUCCAGCCUCUUUUGCAUGCAGCACCAAGACUUCCCAGUGCCUUUUUCAGUUUCAGCUCUUCAGCCACGCAUGCCCCCCCCCCCCCCCCCCUCCUGCACAGAAGCAGACGGACUUGCUACCAGCCGGCCAUUGGCGUGACGCCGCGUAAUCGUUCGGAGCGCUUUCAACUGGCCACAAAAUUCUGCUGUCCAGUUCUGUUGAUGCAUUCUCUACCCAAACAGUGUUGCGUCACACACUCCCCCACACCCGCCGCUGGACGCCGUCCGGCCUCCCAUCAACCGUUGACCUCCAGAUUCUCUAAAGAGAGCGACAUCAGUAGCAAGACUUGACCACUAUGGAUGUAGGCCGUGUUUGUGUGCGUGGCUGGUGCAGAGCCGCUAGGAUGUGUCGAUCGUUUGUUUCUCUGCAGCCUGAGCGGCAGUGGUUUACGGAAUUUGAAUGAGCUCUGUGCGAAAGAUGCCGUUGAUGGUGAAAUUAGACACUUUAUAAGAAAUGAAUCCUGUAGUUAGAACCAACAGUAGGUGUCAAGUCUGUUGUUGUUGUUUUAAGCACAGUCUGGAUGUUGCUGUCGUAGCUGUUCCUGAAAUGAAAUGUUAGAGAAAAGCCAUGAUGGAUGAGGCAAAGUCGCUGCUUAGCAACCGGCAAACGUAAACAAAGAUUCUCAUUUUCCAGCUUUGCUGUGUUCACUUGUAUUCUUUUGAAACUUUUCAGCUUUAUUUUCUAAUCUGUGAUUUAUUGUCUCGCUUUGUUUGUAGAUUUUACAGAUUCAAUUCCUCCCUGAAGUUUUACAUUCACCUGCUGAACAGUUUGUUGAAAUCUUUGCUGCAGUCGUUUGAUCGGUGUGAUCAGAAGUGUUGAUUCUGUGAACCCGUCCAGCUGGUUUCUGCUUUUUCUUCUCGUCUGCCACACGAUUCGUCCUUCCUCACAAAUGUUCCGACUUUCCUUUGACCCUGGUUCAGAGUUGCACUUGCAUCUCGUUGGACGUUUUAUUUCUGUAAAUCUGGACUCUCAAGUUUGAACCGUUUGGUCAUUUGAGAUCAAAGUCAGCCAUUUUUAUUCCCACAAACAAAACAGCAGCUUUGUUCACUGUUCUGGUAGCAGACAGGAGUGCGUUCUGAACAGAGAGAUUCCAACAUUCUGCAUUAAGUGACUUUUACUGAAGCACCGUAGAACCAAUGAGGCAAAACACAAAAUCACUGAGCUCCAUUUCAGACACUUUUAGAUCAUUUUAUGCACAAAUGUCCUUUUUAUUGCCACACAACCUUCCUCUCUCUGUUUCCUGAAGACUCUUUGUUUUCUCCAAACUGUUGGUACUUUUUCACCAGGAGGGUUUUCUUUGAAAUAAAGCAUGAGAAUU